AUGAGCACCGAGGGCGGGCCCCCGCCACCCCCGCCGCGCCCGCCGCCCGGCGCGCUCCAGGCCGCCCUGAUGAGCCCCCCGGCCGCCGCCACCCUGGACUCCACCACCUCGUCCUCGUCGUCGUCUUCGUCGUCGUCGUCGUCGUCCGCCUCCUGCGCCUCGUCCUCUUCCAACUCGGUCGGCGCCUCGUCGGGCGCCUGCAAGAGCUCGGCGGCGGCGGGCGGAGGAGGCGGCGGGGGCGCGGGCGGCGGCGGGAGCGGGGCCACCAAGAAGGCCACGUCGGGGCUGCGGCGGCCCGAGAAGCCGCCCUACUCGUACAUCGCGCUCAUCGUCAUGGCCAUCCAGAGCUCGCCCAGCAAGCGCCUGACGCUCAGCGAGAUCUACCAGUUCCUGCAGGCGCGCUUCCCCUUCUUCCGCGGCGCCUACCAGGGCUGGAAGAACUCGGUGCGCCACAACCUCUCGCUCAACGAGUGCUUCAUCAAGCUGCCCAAGGGCCUCGGGCGACCCGGCAAGGGCCAUUACUGGACCAUCGACCCGGCCAGCGAGUUCAUGUUCGAGGAGGGCUCGUUCCGCCGGCGGCCUCGCGGCUUCAGGAGGAAGUGCCAGGCGCUCAAGCCCAUGUACCACCGGGUGGUGAGCGGCUUGGGCUUCGGGGCCUCGCUGCUGCCCCAGGGCUUCGACUUCCAAGCGCCCCCGUCGGCUCCUCUGGGGUGCCACGGCCAGGGAGGCUACGGUAGCCUCGACAUGAUGCCCGCGGGCUACGAUGCUGGGGCCGGCGCUCCGGGCCACGGGCACCCGCACCACCUCCACCAUCACCACGUCCCCCACAUGUCGCCCAACCCGGGCUCCACCUAUAUGGCCAGCUGCCCGGUGCCCGCAGGUCCCGCGGGUGUCGGGGCGGCUGCGGGUGGAGGAGGCGGCGGCGGCGACUAUGGGCCGGACAGCAGCAGCAGCCCAGUGCCCUCCUCCCCGGCCAUGGCGAGCGCCAUCGAGUGUCACUCGCCCUAUACCAGCCCCGCGGCGCAUUGGAGCUCGCCCGGCGCCUCACCUUACCUCAAGCAGCCGCCCGCCCUGACGCCGAGCAGCAACCCCGCGGCCUCUGCGGGCCUGCACCCCAGCAUGUCUUCCUACUCGCUGGAGCAGAGCUACUUACACCAGAACGCCCGAGAGGAUCUCUCAGUAGGACUGCCCCGUUACCAGCACCACUCCACUCCGGUGUGCGACAGGAAAGAUUUCGUCCUCAAUUUCAACGGCAUUUCUUCUUUCCACCCCUCCGCUAGCGGCUCUUACUAUCACCACCACCACCAGACCGUGUGCCAAGAUAUUAAGCCCUGUGUUAUGUGAAUGGACGGAGGCCUUGAAGGCUGCUCUCCCUCUUCCGCCCUCUCCUCCUCUCCCCUCCGAGAGGGGGCCACUGGGACCUGCGACAGGACUCACUGUACUGUGCACACACGGGUAGCAGUAAGUAGAACGCGCCCAUCACUUAGACGAAUGCCCAGGGGGAGCCCCCUGCCCUCCGAUGUUCGCCCACCAGUGGAAGAGGGAACCGUUGGCAAGGCAAUAGCCGAGGAGUGGGACAGAGGAGGUUGACAGUGAAACAUUGUACUACAUAAACCUUUCAGUGCUAGGGUGGCCAUCGCCUUAACUGAUGGGGUCUGAAAAGGGAGUUGUGUGUGUGAGUGAGUGUGUGUGUUUCUUGGUGUGUGCUUUUCAAAAACAGGCAGUGCUAAAAGUACAGCAGUUGAAGAAAGCCUUGUCUAGUUGCCUGGCCCAGUAGGAGAUUUUUUUCCCCCACCCCACCCCCACCACUCCCUUCAGAUACAGGUGCCAAAGAACAUUGUGAAGGAAUGAAGAAGGUGGCUCUCAGUAUUGUGACAAUACAACAUUUUACAAGGUUGUUUUUCUACCACCGUAUUUUUUAAAGUAUUUUUAUGAUCUUCGUAUACUCACACUUCGCUUGUAUUUUAAAAGGAGGGUAUAUUUGCACUUAUGUAUACUUUUACAGUUUGCCAGAAUAUUUUGA